AUGUCCACCCCAAACUUGGCAUCUCCGGACGCCCGUCCUGAGGCCUCCUCGCCUCCCCUGCCCCCUGGCUGGAUAGCCAACUGGAGCCCCGAACACAAUUCAUGGUACUACGUCUUCACUGCUACCGGCGUGACGCAAUGGGAGUACCCGAGUGCUCCACCAGAUCAACCACAAUACUCGCCCGCCCCCGACCACCAGAGCCAGCCUCCGUACGACACCACGGCCGAUACACCAGUCCAAGAUGGAGAUCGUGGCUUGGGGAAAGUUGCACUUGCCAUGGGCGGCGGUUACCUGCUUGGACACGGGCGCAAACAUGAACAGCAUCAACAGCAUGGGCUGGGCAAGAUGACGCAGUCAAUGGCAAUGGCCGGUGCGGGUGCGAUUGGUGCCAAAAUAUUCGGGUUAUUCGGGAACAAGCAGCAACAACAGCACCAACCGUCACCACCGCCACAACCGCAAGUACAUGUGUAUCCGGUAUACGUACCUGGCCCCCAAGCAGCCCCCUCACCCGGACCUCCGUCGUAUUACGGACAGCCUCCGCCCGCAGGGCAGAACUUGGGCCACUACGGUCACACUCCGGAUAUGACACCGCCUGCCCAACCCUAUCAUCACGGGGGAAUCCAGUCUCCAGUUACUGGUGGUAUGGGUGCAUUCACACCUCAGAGUGGACCGCCGCUACACAUAUACGGCGCCGUGUUUGCAGACAGGGACGUCACGCAGAUAGUCAAGAGUCUUGUCACCCCGCAGCAGACCGUGACGCUAUCCGGAGACACACUGGCUGAGAAGCUUGGGGAUCCAUGGCCUGAAGCAGAGCGAAAAAUGUUCAACGUCUUGUACUCGUACGGCGAUCGACCUAUGGAGCUUAUCGCAGCUGAGUUGGUCAUGCCCGUUGCCUGA